GUGCAGUUGUCAUUAUACUGUACAUACAUAUCCCUUCAAUUCUAUUAGUUGCCUUUUUAGGUUCUAUCACAUUAUUACAAGUUCUAAUUAAACUCAGACCGAAUUCGUUUCUUUUAUUUUUCUUCUACUUUUGAGCAGAAAAUUAAGAGAGAAAAAUGGUGAAUCGUACCAUGGUCCUUGUAUUUGUACUACCACUAUUAAUCCUUGUAGUAAAGAUGCCGCCUAUAUUCCUCCCGGUGCUUUGUUCUUCUUGCCGGAGCUCCUGCGACGGCAUUCCGAUUGAAUAUCCGUUCGGCAUCAGCGACGGCUGCGGCUCCCCACAGUACCGCCACAUGCUCGACUGUAGCGGCGGCGGCGGUGGAGGUGGAGGAAGCGAGGAGGCGUUGUUUUUCAUAACUCCGUCCGGCAACAACAAGGUCCAAUCCAUCGAUUACGACACCGAAGCGUUGACCAUCUUCGACCAGGCAAUUCAACCUUCCGACGGCAACGUUUUCAUCCCGAUGAACUGCUCCGGCGGCUCCAAAGUAGUACUCAACAUGAGUUCCAUCUGCUUCAACAUCUCCGGCCAUUCUUGCUACGAGCUCUACGAGGGUUGCAGUUCCUUCAGGGUCUUCACGGAUAUUAAUAAUGAUCUUCCACCCUGUUGUUUCAUCAAAUACAAUAAUGUUAAGAACAACAUGAGUGAGUUGAAGUGUUCGCAUUACACUAGCAUUUAUGAUGUUGGCAAGUUGACUAAGGAAGAGGAGCCCGUGAAUUGGCCAUUUGGAAUGAAGCUGUCGUUUCAGAAUCCGGCCUCGUCGUCGUCGCCCGGGUGUGACCGGUGUCGGAACUCCGGCGGAGCAUGUGGAUUUGAUGUCCUAACUCUCCGUAACACCUGCAUCUGUAAUUCUACGUUCAAUACCACCACACAAUGUUAUGAAAUCCAGCAGCAUCAUGUUGAAGAACCAGCACCGAUUCCAGCAGCCACAAUGGAUCAAGAUGAUCAUAUUAUUCAAGAAAUAUUUGGUGUUUGUUGA